GGGACUCAGACUGAAAUUGACAGCUAUCGGCGGUAGUGUGAAAGUGGCCACCUCCCCUACACCAACCAUGCUUGUAGCCCGCAGAGAGAAGUCGGGCAUAUCAUCUGAAAUGCCCCUUGUCACUCGGUAGCCGAUUUACAUCAAGUGCUGUCGUCUUUUAGCAGAAAAUCUGCGAAAAUCACAAAGUAGAGCAAGAGCUGUGGUAUCUUGCGACUGCUCCGCUCUAUGGCCAGGUCUCGCCCCCUGAAAAGUCACUUUUAAACCUGUGCUGAGGGGAUGAUAUUUCAUCUUCCAUGUAUGGAAGGGAAUUUCUCAACAUGCUUAGCAUAAAACCAUAUAGAAGAGGGAGUACAUGACUGUUGCAUACAAAAAAUGCCUCUUGUUAUCCAAUUCUUUGUUCCUUGUGUAGGAGAGCAAAGACGUACGUUUCUCAAAAGCCCUCUGACUCUGAGUCAUUGCACAAACUCUCUGACAACACAACGAGAUGAAUGAGAUGAGUAAGAGGGUGUUAAAUUUCACCCUGGAGAUUGUCUACCUGCUGACUGGAGGGGAAUAUGUUGUGGUGAAGAAGUUUAUUGACUACAUUUCAUACAGUAGCAGCCCCUGUAUUGCAGUGUUCUGCAGGAAUAAGGGUCUCAGCAAGGUGCCUCAACAUCAUUCCCCAAUCCAUGAGAGAAACCAUGAUGAGAAGAUCCUGGAACUGACCAAUCGGAUCAUUGAGCUGCUGACUGGAGAGGUUCCUAUAAGAUGUGACGAUGUCACUGUCGCUUCCUCUAUGGAAUGGUGGGAGUGUUUUGACCCUGAUACAGACUUCUUGACAACAAAUCACCAGCCAUUCACCAAGAUAGAUAUGUCUAAAACGGGAAAUACAUCUACAGGAGACGAAAACCUCACUGGCAUGUAUAUGUCCACAGACAACACACAGAUGGACUAUACGUCUUUUCAUAUCAAGGAGGAAUCCAUUUCAUCUGAAGAAGGCCAUUUCUCUGACUUUUAUGCAUCUUCAGAACAUCCACAGACAGAAUAUCUGUCUGCACAUGUUAAGGAGGGUUCAGCCUCACGUGAAGUAGAAAAUCUCACAGAUAUUUCUACACCCACAGAACAUCCUCACACAGAAUAUCCGUCUACUCCUAUUAAGGAGGAACCAGCUUCAUAUGAUGAAGAAAAUCUUAUAGAUAUUUCUACACCCACAGAACAUCCACAGACAGAAUAUUCAUCUAUUCUUUCUCAGAAGAAACUACUCUUAUAUGAAGGAAAUCUCACAAACCACAACAUGUAUACACCCUCACAACAAUCACAGGCAGGAUAUAUGUCUAUUUGUAUAAAAGAGGAAUCGUCUUCUGGCGAGGAAGAAAGUCUAACUAACUCCGAUAUUUUCUUCAUGUAUAACUGCUCUAAGUGCCAAAUGUCAUUCAAUGAUCACACAGAUCUCAUUAACCACAGGGCACUUCAUAAUGUAGAUUUCCAUGCUUGCUCUGAAUGUGGGGAGCAAUUUAGCUGUAGAUCAGCGCUUGGUGUGCAUGAAACAGCCCAUAAAACAGAAAGAAUAUCUGCAAGUUCUGAAUCUCCUAAACCACGGCUUCUUGAUUAUCAAAGAGUUCACAUAGGUGAGAAGCCAUAUCCCUGCCCUGAUUGCGGGAAAUGUUUUAACCGGAAACAGCAUCUUAUUUUACAUCAUAGAAUCCACACUGGAGAGAAACCGUAUCCUUGCCCUGAAUGUGGGAAAUGUUUUAACUUGAAGCCCAAUCUUAUCUUGCAUCAGAGAAUUCACACGGGAGAGAAACCAUAUUCCUGCCCUGAAUGUGGAAAACGGUUUAACCAUCAAUCACAUCUUGUUAACCAUAAAAGAAUCCACACUGGAGAGAAACCGUAUUCAUGUCCUGAGUGCGGCAAAUGCUUUGCUCAUCAAUCAGUUCUUGUUUCUCAUCAAAGGACUCACACUGGAGAAAAACCUUUUUUCUGCCCUGAAUGCGGGAAAUGUUUUGCACAAAAAUCUGUUCUUGUAAAGCAUAAGAGAACACACACUGGAGAGAAACCAUAUCGCUGUCCUGACUGUGGCAAAUGCUUCACUCAAAAAUCUGUUCUAGUUAAUCAUCAGAAAAUUCACAAAGGAGAAAACCAAGUUCUAGGGCCUGGCAACAUUUUAGGGUCAGGGAACUGAUAAGUGGACAUAGGAAAAUUAACACCGGAAUAAAUAGUGAUAUUUCAAAAUGAUUCUAACAAUUUCUCAAUGUGAUAAUCAACAAAAUCUGUUAUAUAUGGUGUAUAUAUAAACAAUUGUUUACAGUG